AUGGGAAUGGCUUUCCUCCUCGUGUGUGUAAGCCAGAGGGGCUCUAAGGGUGGAAAUGCAGGCAUCGUUCACCUCCCACCAUCCUCCUUCGCUGAGCGCCAGCCCUCUAGGCCGGACCUCUGGACCACAGCCCCUCACCUCUCAGCGCCCGCCACGGUUUCAACCGGCCGCGGGGAGCACGUGGAAAAACCGCCGCUCCUCGGGUGUAACCGCCACCUACCUCCACAGCUUCCCCGCGCAGAAUUCGCUUCGGAGCCACCCAGGGCGCCUGCGCAGUGCGGCCAUCCCGGCGGAAGUGGCCACACCGGAAGCCGGGGGGCGGGUCCGGCCGGCCGUGGGGGCGUUCUCAUGAUGGUUCCGCGGCAGCGGACCACGGCGGGUGGCGAGGAGCGCGGUGGCGGAGGCAGAGACCCGGUCCCGGAGCGGGCCUUAGUCCUCGUGCGGCUCCUCGGCCUGGAAGCCCCGCCUGCGCCCACCGGCCUCCUGCCCCGGCCUCCUGACCCUCCGGCCGCGCGCUGGGGACCCGCCGGCCCUCCCGCCCUCGCCGCCCGGCCCUCGGCUCCGCUUCCCUCUGUCACCGCAGGGGCGCGGGGCUUCGGACCCCGCAGCUCAGCCCAGCCGGGCUCGCCCCGCAUGACCCCCGUGCCACACUCGUGA